GCUUGAUCGUCCAAAGUCAAUCAAUUUAUCUCAGCAGUUUGAGACCUUUCAUCAGUUCUCAAGUUGGGGAAGCGACGAACGCAUGGGCCAAGCGAGAUAAGUAUCGAUAUCGAAUUAGCGAAGCUAAUGGAUGGAUCCAAUUCUCCCAGCAUCAUUACCAUCAUUACCAAGGCUUGCAACAAUUUUGUGUUCGCACUGAGACUUUCACGGUCGCAUUGUCGGUGCCAUGGAUUGAUUCUAGCAAUCAAGCUUGGUGGCACCCAACGGACCCCUGACGACUCGACUAAGCCGUCUUCUUCAGCUCCCUGGUUAAGGUUGCGCGCGCUAUCCUUCUUGCGACAGGCAAGAUGCUCACGCAGACACGAUUCCUGCUGCGGCGCAUACUCAUUCUGCGCCCGUCGAAAGCGCCCAGUUCAACCCGCUUCUUCACCCGCCACAGAAACUUGCUGUCCACGACCCGACCGCAGCUCCCCUUCCUAACCGUUCCCUUAAAGCGGAAUGGGCAGUUCCGAUAUCUCACGACGGAGCGGAAACGAUGGCUGGCCUACGAAGUCUUCCUCGGACUCAAAUAUACCGUGUACAUAUGGGCCAUCGGGGCCUUCUUGAUGGCUGGUUUCUGGAGUCUACAGCAGGAAUGGCUCGAGAGGCGCUACCCAAGUCCCCAUGAAUGGCGGUUCUUGACCCGGUUGCGCUUCAGAUUGCUCAUGUGGGGUCCCGACCGCACCGACACUAUAGAACCGAACUGGGUGCAGAUUGGCGAGUACGCCAAGAAUGUUUUAUCGCGGCUGGAGGACCCGAACCUGGAUGGUGCUGAAGUGCAGGAUUUGGCUGACGGCCCUGUGUAUAUUGACGGCAUCGGCAAGUCGGGGUACAACAUCACAGCCAAGAGCGAGAACUGGAGGCGCGGAUACUACGAGGUUCUGAUGAUAUGCGCAAAGGCUGCCGAGAACCUCGACUACCACGUGCUGGACAAAGAGCGCAAUAUCGUGUUCCCCAAAGACCAGGUAUUGGGUCCUUCAAACCCCAAGCCAAAGCCGAUCACACCAGGCUCGCCGAGCGCGCCUCACGAGGACGAUGUUGUGCCUUACUAUGAAACCCCGGAGACCUUCUAUAUGAGGGUGCUGACCACAAGGGGUUUCACAACGAAGCAAAAGCUGGACGCCGCGCUCGCGUAUGCAUCUUGGUUGGAUUUCAAGAACAUUCCUGAAGCCGCCGAGAGGAUGUACGAAUGGGCUUUGCAAUUAGCAUCCGAAAACACGCCACCUACACAACUCCCUUACGACCAGGAGACACUUGUGCUUCGAGAAGGAGUACGAAAGCCAUCUGCAAAUAUCCUUAACUCCCUGACGGCAUUCGCCGUCCACAAAGCUCGCAACGAGUGCGUAAAUACUGCCCUACCCGUGCUGAUUUCCGUACUCCGAGCACGACGCUCCCUCCCGCAGCCUACUGCCACAACUGUGUUUGCAGAAGAGGACCGAAAGACCCCCUGGAGCUUCAGUAACGUACUUGGCACAGUACGAAGCAUCAUUGCCGAACCGGCAUACCCCGCUCCUCCAGACGAUGGCGAGCAGCCUCCUGUGCGAGACGCGAAGGAACUCUGCGAGGAAGCUGGUGUGAACCUGUACAUUGGCGAGAUAAUCUACGCCAACAAAACCGGAUCAUCCGGCCGUGAGGACGGGUUAUCAUGGACCCGCGAGGCGGUCGAUAUUGCCGAGGAGCAACUGCAUAAGUUAGGUGCUGAAAGCAAGCAUAAACAGGCCAAGAAAACAUGUAGAGAUUGCUUGGCCACCGGUCUGGAAAACUGGUCUAAGAUGGCAGCACGGUUAGCGCGUGAAGAGAAGGAGAAGCAGGCCACUACCGUGCCCAAGUCGAGUUGGUUGGGUCUGUGGGGUGAUGCAACCCGACCCGAGGAGACGGGACGGUGGGCAGCCGAAGAGAAUGUCGUCAAAGAGAGGACGAGGAGGGCUCAGGAGAUUUUGGAUGAGCUGGAUGCACCAAAAGCUGGGUUCUGGUCGUUGUUCUGGGCUUGAUAUCUCGGGUUCGUCACUUGUCUUGGCGUGGCUUUUUCUGUUGCACCACUACAAAACGGCUCACUAUUGCUGAAUUCAGGAUGAUUUGUAGUAUACCAAAUUCUACCAUGGGGGGAUGCUCUCGCAUCUCAAUGGAAAGUACCGAAUCAAUCCAAUUUCCUGUAUCGGUGUGUCUAGAUCUCAGUA